AUGUGUGAGGAUAUGUUUGUAUAUUUAUUUGGAUAUGGUAGCUUAAUGUGGAGACCCGGUUUUCCAUAUUCUAGAAAAUUUAAUGCGUAUAUAAAAGGAUGGAAAAGAGUAUUUUACCAAGGAUCAACUGACCAUAGAGGAACAAUUGAAAAUCCUGGUAGAGUUGUAACAUUAAUUAAACAACCAGAGGAUGAUAAAUCAAAUGAAGUUUGGUUGACGUGGGGAACAGUUUAUUCAAUAUCCGAUGAUGCAGCAAUGCCAAUUUUAAAGAAUUUAGAUUAUAGAGAGAAAGGUGGUUAUGAGAGACACGAGUUGGAUGUGUUUUUAGAGGAGGGUGACGAUGUUGAGCCCUAUGGCAAAGCAAUUGUAUAUUUGGCAACCACAGAGAAUUUAGAGUUUUUGGGUGAAGAUACCAAUGAAAACAUUGCAAACCAAAUCUUUAGAUCGAUAGGACCAAGUGGUAGAAACAUAGAUUAUUUAUUAAAGUUGGCAAAUUCUCUUCAUGAUAUGGGUGUGAAUGAUAAACAUGUUUUUGAAAUCGAGCGAUUGGUAUUGGACUUGAUGAGCCAUCAUAAAAUUAACCAUCAUAAUGAAACAAUUGAAAAUAUAACGGAUUCUCUACUGUCGUCAUCACCUGAUAAAUCAUUAGAGUUAUUAAAUCAACAUAAACGAUUCUAUUCCAAACCGUUGGGUCAAUUAUGUAUAGAUGAUGGUGCCGUUCAAGCGAUUUCACAACGUGCCAAGUCCCUAUUGCCCGUUGGUAUCAUCUCGAUUUUUGGUGAAUUUCCAAAGGAUUCAUUGGUUACAAUUUUAGAUGUAAACUCUUCUCAAAUCUCAAGAGGUAUAACAAACUAUUCAUCUGAUGAAAUCAAUCAAAUUAUUGGUAAACAAUCUAAAGAUUAUUUUAAUACUUUAACUGGUUUUACAAAAGAAGCUGUAAUAGAUCAUAAUAAUUUAAUUUUACUUUAA